GUUAAGAGAGUAAGUUGGCAUGGUGCAUUUCGCAAAGUUAGCGAUGCCACCUCACCUGGCUCCGACGACUACUGCCUUAGCCAACGCGCGGCCUGUGCGCGCGAGUGUGGUAUAUGCGGUUCCACAAGAGAAGCGUAAGCUGUUGUUAGGGCUAAUGGCUGGGACGAUAUUGCAGAGUGCUUCGCACGCCCAUGCAAGCAUCGGAGGCGUCGAUGCCCCAGGCACCGCGGUGAAGGCUUCAACGCAGGUCUCUCAACCUCAGACUACGGCAUCAGCAGCCAGCAAUAUCUCCUUUUCGCGAGUUGACUCAGCGGUCACGGAUAAACUUCGCCAGCGGGAUGAGAACAUGGCGUGGAAAUGCCGAGGUGUUAGCAUGUACGACUGCGAUGGGGAGCUGGCAGAGGCUGCCGAGAAGCGCUUCGAGCAGUUCGCUGGCAUGUUCCGUACGGUGGGCGACGACAGUGGCAGCGACAGCCUUGGCGACAGCGGCGGCAAGUGACUUGGCAAAUAGACCAAGGAGUAAGAUUAUGGAUUCUUAAAGGUACUGACAUAUAGUCCGACAAUAGCGUUAGGGGGCUGCCUGGAGCUGGAACGCUGGAGCAAGGAGCGACGGGCAGUAGCUAACUACGGCAGCACGGUCAAUACUGCCCGGAAGGACCUUGUAGCACUGUGGCACUACUAUCAGGCAGAUGGUUCCAGAACCCAAGCUGCCGUGUUUACGUGCUCUGCUCGUGUCAUGUCUCCUACAGUGCUGUUCGGCUAGGUGACUGUAGUGCGAGAUCAUGGGGUUCAGUUUGUGGUCGACGUGUAACGCACACAGACUUCUUG